AUGGAUGGUACGAUAAAAAGUGAUGAUGAAUCAUGUAUUAGUGUUAAAAGUGCUAUACCAAUAUGUCAAAUCUUUGCUCUAGCUCAACUUAUGAAUGAUAUUGAUUUUCGAACAUUAACUUAUCUUGAACAACAAUUAAAACAACAGUACCCUGAUAUACGUGUUCGUCAAGCAAUUGCUUCGACUUUUGCUAAGUAUGCAUUUUGUAGAGAUAUUAACUAUUGUCGCCGCCAGAAGUAGAUGAGGAAAACUCUGAAAGGAAUAUCUCCAGAACGGAUGCAGCUAGCGAGCUGAUCUUUUCACCAUUAGAAAGAGGAUACUCUGGGGUAUAAGUGUACACUAUAUUCAUUCGGUUAACGUUUGAUCAAGGUUGUUAGUUAUCAUUGAAGAUUUUGUGCGUUCAGAACAAGAACGUUUUUCAUAUGAGUUCUCAACUCCAAGAUGAUCAUUCGAUAGCGCAAGGUCUCCUCUUUUGAUCUACCCAAACCCGACCUUUCUAUCAUUCACCGUUCGAAAGUUAUUCUCGCUACACUGAGCGUCUGUAACGUAUCAAA